GUAACCUGGACUCUGAUGAGCCUUCACAGUUAUCGCGAGAGUUCGCUUAAAAACAAAAAAUACGGUACUUAUAAAAAAAACCACAAUGAUCAAAUCAAUUUUGAUCUUCAAUAACCAUGGAAAACCGCGUCUUAUUAGGUUUUACCAGUUCUUUCCUGAGGACAUGCAGCAGCAAAUAAUCAGAGAAACGUUCCAUCUGGUGUCUAAAAGGGAUGACAACGUGUGUAACUUCUUGGAAGGAGGAAGUUUAAUCGGAGGCUCUGAUUACAAGCUGAUCUACAGACACUACGCCACCCUGUACUUCGUGUUCUGUGUGGACUCCUGUGAAAGCGAGCUGGGGAUUCUCGACCUCAUACAGGUUUUUGUGGAAACUCUCGAUAAAUGCUUUGAAAAUGUCUGUGAGCUGGAUCUGAUAUUCCACGUGGAUAAGGUGCACUACAUUCUCCAGCAGGUGGUGAUGGGUGGCAUGGUGCUGGAGACCAACAUGAACGAGAUUGUGACUCAGGUGGAGAAUCAGAACCGGCUGGAGAAAUCUGAGGGGGGUCUGUCGGCUGCUCCGGCCCGCGCGGUCUCUGCCGUGAAGAACAUGAACCUCCCUGAAAUCCCUCGCAACAUCAACAUCGGAGACAUCAACAUCAAAGUGCCCAACCUCUCCCCCUUCGUCUAACCCUGCACUGCCAAGGAGACCUGCAGCCCCGGGAGGGAUAACGUGCUGCUGACUCCACAUCGCAAACGUUUAGUGGGGUGCUAGUAAAAAGAGACCGAUCUGGGCUCUAGUGACCGUCUGGUAGGGUAGGGAAUGGAGAUCUCUUUAUAGACAGGAAAGCCACAAACAAUGAGCCCUCCAGGUUUUCAUGACCCCAAUAUUUUACAUGUUAAAAGCAUGCUUUGAUGCAAAUCCGGUGAUACUGAUAUACUCAUUUCAAUGUACUCUGGUCAAAAUUGUGCUCCAAUUAACUGGUGUUUCAGUACAGUGCAGUCUCUUCUUACAUUGUUUUCAAUGGCUUUUGUGGGAUGCCUUUUCUUUAAAGAUUCGUAGAUUUGCUGGCCCUUUUUCUGUUCCUUCCUCCCAGCGCUCUGUACAGCUGUCUGUUUUGUUUGGUUUGGAUUUAUCGUUCUGAUGACUUCUUGGAAGUAAUGCCUGGCACAGCAUGACCACAGAGUUCUGAACCGGUUAAAUCAGAUCCGCUCCCUCUGUGUUCCAUCUUCUCUUCGAAGGUCCAGGACUGGCUGCACCUGCCCAGUCAUGCCCAACGAUUUUUUGAAAUGAGAAAAGCGACUUUAUUUAUGUAACUAGAUUCCAUUUCUUUCUUUUUUUUCUGUCCGGCAAAACAUAAUGUACUGCAUAUGAAAAAUGAUGCUUGUGAGGCUGGAUUUACAAAAUAAUAUGUAGGGGUAGCUAAGCAUUGCAUCAGACGUGGUGCAGAAAUGGAACAAUGUAACCGUGCUUUGUAUUUGCAUCAUCCAUUUUGUUCUUACAGAUGCUGCAGUGUGGUUUGAUAUGUAAUGAUGCCUCCAACUGCUUUACUUGUAUUGUUCCUAAGCUACUGUACAAUAAAAAUCCCCUGUUCAAA